AUGACGGCUCUUCCUGGCGAUUCAUCUUCUCAGGAAUCAGCAGAAUUGCGGGCAGUGUAUAGUGUUGCAAUCAAAGAAGCUUCAUGCGUUGGACUUCUGUUAGCAAUAUCGAUCGUGGGCGCUCUGAUAUACGAUUGGAAAAGUUUGAAGACUAAGUAUAACGAUGGGAGUGGUGAAAGUAAUAGUGAUAAUGAGCUCGACCAAUUCGCAGAGCUUUAA